GGAAGAGUUUAUCUCUAUUAUAAGUUUUUUAGACUUAGAACAGGAACACGCAUUCGGGGUGAGAUCUGAGAGCUGCUCAUCCGGUCCAAGGCUGACGGCAGUCUUAUAUAAGAAGAGGAAAAUGCACAAAUGACCGGAUCUUGCCCCAAGCACAGUCACGUAAUGAUCACAGAAAUUGUCAUUGUGCGCCACCCUGUCUCUGUGUGCGUACCUGUGAACCACAAAGUGAGUCUGCGAGUCCGUGCUGAGGGCAAAGGUAUCCUCAGCUACCAGUGGUUCUCUGAAGAUGAGAAGGAGGUGCCUGGUGGUACUCAAGCAGACCUGACUGUCAGAGCUACUAAAACCCAGCGAUAUGUCUGCAGAGUUAAUGACCAAUUUUAUAACUAUGUCUUCAGUGAAUGGGUGAAGGUGAAAGUGUUAGACAUUGAUAAAUCAGGCUUACCGGUUGACUGGCAGGGCGAGCUGUACAUCGCUAUAAAUCCCAAACCACAGGCAGUACGACAGGGUGCCAAACUCAGCCUUCGCUGUGCUGCCUUCGGCAUCCCCACUCCACACUACCAGUGGUACAGAAAUGGACAGCCACUGCUGGACAAGACCAGUGACAUACUGCAGAUUGAUAGUGUUACAGGAGAACACGAGGGAUCCUAUCUGUGCUCGAUAUCUAACGUCUUGGAAGAGAGAUGGACAGAGCCGAUUGACGUCAACAUUGUGCAACCUGAUCAGCCACCUCCUGCAGCUCUAACAGCUACUGAUAAAGUUGCCCUUCUCAUUGGCAACUUGAAUUACUGCUACCACCUUGGUUUGAUGGCGCCCGUCAUGGACGUCCAUGAGCUGGCCAACUUGUUGCAGCAGCUCGGCUUCAGGGUUGUUUCCCUGCUGGAUCUCACCAGGGAGGAAAUGAUGGCUGCUAUCGACAAGUUCAUUCAGCUACUUGACAGAGGAGUUUAUGGGCUUUUCUACUAUGCGGGUCACGGGUAUGAACAUGCCGGAAGGAAUUACUUGGUUGCGGUCGACGCUCCACAGCCAUACCAAACGAAAAACUGUGUUUGUGUGCAGAGGGUCAUGCAUCAAAUGCAGGAAAGGCAGACUGCAAUGAGUGUAAUCCUGCUGGAUACCUGUAGAAAAUGGUACAACCAGGGUUGCAUACCAUCCGUCAUUAAGCCACUGGGACCAAAUGGGAACACAGUGUAUGGUUAUGCCACAUGCGAGGAUGCUGAGGCGUACGAGGUCCAGGAUGGAGGCAAGAGUACUGGCAUCUUCACAAAGUACCUGAACAAGCACAUCCUUCAAGCAGACAAAGUCACGCAUGUCUUAGAGCGAGUGUCUGAGGAUGUUGGUAAAGACCCUCUAGUCACUGGUAAGCAGGCAGUGGAGAUAAAACACACCAUGAAAGAGCCGCGAUCCCUCACAGAUACAGUUCGCACUACAGGUCACACAAGGGAACUACACCUACGAGAUGUCUGCUGGAAACAGGCAAAUGAGCUGCCACGAAAAAAGCAGCUGACAUUUCUUUGUGGUGUGGAAGUGGAAGUCAGCUUCUCAGCUCUGUUCUCCAAUGUACUAAUGGCUUUUGCGACUAUAAAGACUACACCUGACCAUACCCAGGACUGUACUGUCAUGUUGAGUAGCAAUCCUCCAAUGGAAGACAUAUUUUCCAGGCCUGGUCGCUCAGAGGAAAUGGACUCACUACUAUUUAAUGAAACACGCAACCCUGAUUGUACUCUUAGACUUUGCUCUCUCCAAAAGCUGAAGGAAUCGGUAGUAAUCAAGGUGGAUCUACACUAUACUCAUAAGGACAAUAAUUUGCGGCACACUGAAAGCCAGCAGGUGGACAUAGGAAAGCCUCUGGUGGCGUCCUUUAGGCUGUACAAGGAGAACCGAGCAGCAAAAGAGAAAAAAACUGAGGGUGCUACAGCUCAAAGCGUGAGCAACAUUUCACACAGGAAAUCACAACAGCAUCAGACUCUGGCCGCUCUGCAUCGACAUUUCACCAGGAAGGCAGAGUGUGCUGCUAAAACUGCAACUACUCGGAGCAAUGAACCUGAAGAGAACGAUGAGAAUGAACUGCAAGAUUUCCGAACUUCCGAGUAAAGUGAAAGGGAUUAUUAUUAUUGUUUUAAUAUGGAAUUGUUUUAAUGGAAUAAUGUGAUAAUGCAUCUUGUUUGUAAGUACAUAAGAUUUCUGUGGUAAAAGGGUGGAUUGAGGAGAUUUAUACUCUGCUUAUGUUAUUUUUCAUUGUAGAAAGUAAAUGAAAAAAUACAUAGACAUUGCAAAGAAAUGUAAAAGAUAACAUUGUAAUACUUUUUGAUCUUUUCUUGUGAAUAACACUUUUUACUUCAAUGGCAAGCUGGCUGGCCUUUUGAGGACAUUACUUUAAUAAUUUAUCUCAUAAACAGUACUACUUUGAUCUCUGUAUUGUCAAGCUUUAGAAGAUAUUGUGAAAUGUGGUUUUGUUUUAACAUAAAAAUAAAUGCCGUAAUUUCUGUUUACAA